AUGGGUUUGCUUUGUAGGGCGCCCGCCAACUCGAUCGCAGUGCACCCGAGCGGCAAGCUGGCGUUCUCGGACGCGCGCGACAAGACGCUCCGCACGUGGAACUUGGUCAAGGCGUACACUCGGCGCCUCGACCAGGAGGGGUGUUCCUUUUCCGACGGCGGCAACUGGUACCGCAACCCCGACGCCGGCCUCAUCGACCUCAGUGGUCUCUAUAAAGUCCGCCUCGACCAAGGAAUGCGUGCCGCCGCCAAACGAGUCGAUACGCUUUGCCGCGACAUUGACAGUCUCUUGGCAUCCACAAAGUACGAGGUGGCGUUCCAGACGGCGCUCGGCGCCGAAAACGUGGCGCUGGUGUUUUACACGUGCACCAACGUCGAGACGUGCUUCGUGCUUGGCGUGCGCCCGCCCGUGCUCUCGCAGAUGAUUGUGCUCUGUCUCGUGCAGCAGCUCGGGUCGGACCUCCAGCGCGACUUGGGUCUGAGCCUUAAGUGGGUGCAGGAUUCGGUCCUCGUCAUGAACUCGCGAUACGGCGAUCGCGCCUUUGCCCUCGUGCACCACAUUUUUAACUCGAUGUUGAGUUAUACCUAG